GGCUCCGCCUCUCCCUCCCUCCCCCUCCUCUCGCUCUCUCCCCGCUAACUUUCCCGAGCCCCGACCGGCGGCGCAGAGCUCCCCGGCAGCUUCGGGGCCCACUGCAGACCGCAGGCUGCGAGCGCGGCUGUGCCCUGUAUCCCAUCCCCGCUCCCCUGGCGCGCUCCGCAGAGAACAGAACGAUGCCCGGGGCUGGGGACCGAGGUGCAGCCUGGGCGAGAUGGCUGGGCACUGGGCUUUUGGGUCUCUUCCUGCUCCCCAUGUCCCUGUCGCUGGAGGUGUCUGUGGGAAAGGCCACCACCAUCUACGCCGUCAACGGCACGGAGAUCCUGCUGCCCUGCACCUUCUCCAGCUGCUUUGGCUUCCAUGACCUCCAGUUCUGGUGGUCCUUCAACAGCAGUGACACAUUCAAGAUUCUCAUAGACGGGACUGUGAAGAAUGAGAAGUCUGACCCCAAGGUGAAGUUGAAAGACAGUGAACGCAUCAGUCUGGAGGGCUCCACCAAGGAGAAGAUGAACAACAUUUCCAUUCUGCUGAGGAACCUGGAUUUCAGGGACACAGGCAAAUACACCUGUCACGUGAAGAACCCCAAGGAGAAUUAUCUUCAGCACCAAGCCACCAUCUUGCUCCAUGUUGUUGAUAAACUGGAAGAAGUGGACAACACGGUGACACUCAUCAUCCUGGCCGUCGUGGGCGGGGUCAUUGGGCUCCUCAUCCUCAUCAUGCUGGUCAAGAAGUUCAUCGCUUUCAUUGUCAAGAAGACUCAGGAGAAGAAGAAGGAGUGCCUCGUGAGUUCCUCAGGGAACGACAAUACAGAGAAUGGGUUGCCUGGCUCCAAGGCGGAAGAGAAACCACCAACAAAGGUGUGAGCCCCCACUGGGUGCCAAGCAGCCACUGGGAGCCUCACUUUCUGAGGAUGAAACUGAUGCUUGAGCCGUGUCCGUGAACCCACGUGCCUGAGACAUCUGCUGCUUGGCUCAAACUGUAGUCUUUCCGGGCGGGGAGAAACUGGGGUCCUGCCCAGCCUGCCCCACCCCCUCCCCAGUCAGGGCUCCCCAGGGACGAGGCCUGGCCAGGGGAGGGGGCCUGUGGAAGGUUCAGGAGAGGAAAAGAGGAGCUGGGCGGUAUGGAGGGCCAGUCCCCCGACACCUGGUGGAUGGGUCUUCCUCAGUCUCCCCCCGCUGGACGAGCAAUGCCUUGGUUUUCCUCCAAAUUUCUCUUCAAGAGACACUUGGGGACCAGUGAGGGCUUUCCCAAUAGCUGGACCCUGUGUGUGGAGAACCAGCCCUUCUGAUGGUGGGACUGGCCAGGAGGGCUCUGUACAGGAUCUGGGGGCGGGAGGCUGCUGGAGGGGGGCCUACAGUGAGAGGCUUUGAUGGACACCUGAUCCCCCACAUCCCUCUAGUGAGGAACUUCCCUUUCUCCUCCACUGCAGGGUGCCUGCCUGCCUUGGUCCCACAUCCCUUGUACCUACCCCUGCUGCUCAGAGUCUCUGAACCCUCCCAACUAGGGCUGGCUGUCUUGCUUUUGGGAGAUCCUGGCCCAU